AUGUCGCAACGAACAAGAGAUACCACGCUCGCCAGCGGUUUCACAAAGACGAUACAUAAGAAACCGACCGCCGCCUUAGACCCAGCUUCCAACAAAUUACCAAAGCCGCUCAACGUCCUCAUAAUCGGUGCAUCUCGCGGCAUUGGAGCCGGAAUUGCAUACGCAUAUGCACAAGCGGGUGCCGCGUCUCUCAUCUUAGCAGCAAGGUCAUCUUCAGCCCAAGAGCUAGCAGCAGUCGCAAAACAAGCUCAAAUCCUCAAUUCUUCGACAUCGGUCAAGAGCCUGAAAGUCGAUAUAACAUCCAAUGAAAGCGUUGCGCAACUUGCGAGGAACGUGAAAGAAGAAGUGGAAAGGCUGGACGUUGUGAUCGUCAAUUCGGGGUACUCAGGACCGGUAGUGUUGAAAGUCGACCAAGGCAAUCCGCAAGAUUUCCAAGAUGUGUUCGAUGUCAACGUGCAAGGCACAUAUCUCGUUGCGCAUCAUUUUAUUCCGCUGCUGAAGGAGAGUGAUGGCGCGAAGACGUUUAUCGCAAUCAACUCCUUUGCAGCAUGCAUCACCAACGGCCACAUUGCGAAUACUGCGUAUUGCAUCUCGAAAUUUGCGCAGGCACGUCUUGUUGAGUUUUUAUCAGAGCAGUAUGGUCCGGAUGGUAUACUAGCAGUUGCUGUGCAUCCUGGGGCUGUGAAUACUGAGAUGGCGGAUAAGACUACGCCUGACAGCUUCCGUUCUUAUCUCACAGAUGAUGUUGGUCUUGGUGGCGCGUUUUGCGUGUGGUUGAGCAGUGAGAAGCGGAUGUGGUUGAAUGGCCGGUUACUGGGUGCGACGUGGGAUGUUGACGAGUUGCUGGAGAAGAAAGCCCAGAUAGAGGAGCAAGACUUGCUCAAGUUUGGCUAUAGGGUUGGUGAUGCUUCGGCCGUCAGAAACAUCAAGAUCUCUUUCAAAUUAGUCUUAUACGUUAGAAGAGCAAUUCUUACUCUCAAGCAGAACAACACAAUAGCGGAGCUCAAGCUCAGAUCCAGAGACCUUCUAGAGAUUAAUGCCCAUACUACUAUAGACCUCGCCUGUCAAGAUCCUGUCGCGAUGCCAGAGGGACGUGCGGAUCUACCACAUCUCCGCCCUCUGCAGUUCCGGGCAAUGAAAGAGAUGCAACAAAACUGUCCAUUCUUUUUCGACAUUCACUGGGGUAGCGCAGUCCAAACCAUUCCUCUCGACAACGCGCUGAAGUUCAUGCGCCCCCUUCUUAAAUGCUGGACUAACAAGUGGGAAGGAAGCGCCGUUCGUCUCGAUCUUCUACACACCCUGCGCCAGAACGCGCACAACAUCAAGCCAGUGACCCGCGUCAUUUGCUUCGAUCUCGGUCCUCUCUUUCCUGGAUCGACGGGUGAGCGGGGCUUCAUCCAACAUCUCGCAGCUAUGGAUGUUGCCCGAACUCUAGCGCAGAUACAGGGAAACAUCGUCACCCUCUUUGUUCAAGACGUACGAUACACACCGGCUUGCAAGACUCUACUGACAGAUCAUGAGCCACUCCUCAACUUCGCUAACUCCACUGUUGCGCAGGGCUUCGAUCUCGUCAACGAUUACUCAUUCAUCAUCCAUCUCAACUCUAAGGCUGUUAUCCUCGAGCCAGCAAUACAGAUUGCUAGGCCUGCUGGACCUGCAGGCAUCUGGUUCUUCCUGGAAUUGAGAACGUUGAAGAGAAGUGGAAUGGAAAGUAGCAAGAGGGACCUCUGCCUCUGCGGUACGUCCGAGGGUCAGCGGUGGAGAGCGAGUACAGGGAGAAAUGCGAAGUGGUGA